AUGUAUCAUUAUAUUGAGGAUUUAGUUCCUGAAGAUGGGCAUCCUUCAUAUUUACAACUAUAUUUCUUCGAUACGGAGCACGAGUUAGAAAAUCGUAUUCAUGACGCAGAAAGAUUAGAUCCUUCUAUCAUUGCUCGAUUAAUGGAUAUACUUGAGGUUAAUCCAUAUUGUCGCUUCUUUAGAACCCUCAGCAACAUUUCAAGUCUUGAAAAUCAUACAAUUCGUAUAAGAUCAGAUAUUGAUUUAGACCAACGUGUUUACAAUGCUCCGUCGGUAUCGCAAGUAGCAGCUAUAUGGACAGAAACUGACAACUGUACAGAACAAAAAGGUCGAGACAUUAUUGUUUUUAACAAAACAGGAGGCAGUCAUAUUGUUCAGUAUUAUUUUGGAUGUUAUGAUCCAUUACAAUACCCAUUAUUGUUUCCUUUCGGUGACUCGGAUUGGCACCAGGGAAUCAAAAAAGUAGAAAGAGAAACGAUAUCGUUAAAUGCCCAGGCAUUAGAAUCACACUUUAUUGAACAUUCAAAUAGCGCGGAAGAAUUUCUUCGAAAAGAAGGCCAAGUUUUGAAGAAUAAGAAGAAAGUACCAACGGUUUCAUGUCGUGAAUAUUAUUGUUUCAAAUUACAAAUAAGAGAUAUGUACAUGUCGAUUUUGUUACUAUCUGGUCGUUUGCUGCAACAAUUUGUUGUCGAUAUGUACAUUAAAAUUGAAACGUCAAGACUAGAUUAUUUUCGCUCGAAACAACAUGAGAUUAGAUCAGAUGUGUAUCAAGGUAUUGUAGAUAGUCUUUCAGUUGGAGAAACUUGCGCAUCCAAUAUUGGAAAACGGAUUAUUCUACCUUCAUCUUUUAUUGGAGGUCCAAGAGAUAUGCGGAAGAGAUAUAUGGAAGCAAUGGCAUUAGUUCAACGUUUUGGCAAAUCUGAUAUAUUUCUAACCAUGACAUGUAAUCCAAAUUGGGAAGAAAUCUUAGAACAACUAAAUCCACAUGAAGAAGUUCAGAACCGCCCUGAUUUAAUUGCAAGAAUCUUUAGAGCAAAAUUAGAAGAAUUGAAGAUUGAUCUGUUUAAGCGAGAAAUUUUUGGUAAGGUUGCAGCAUAUGUUUAUACCAUCGAAUAUCAAAAAAGAGGUCUACCACAUGUUCAUUUCUUAAUUAUACUUCAGAAAGACUGGAGAAUUUAUGCACCUGAAACUUUUGACGAAAUUGUUUCAGCAGAAAUACCUAACAAAACGAGAAAUUUACAUUUAUAUAAAGUUGUCCUUAGACACAUGAUGCAUGGUCCUUGCGGAAUAUUAAAUCCAGCCAAUAUAUGUAUGGACAAAGACGGCAUUUGUAAGAAUCGAUACCCCAAAGAAUUUACAGCUAAUACAACUGUUGAAACUGAUUGUUUCCCUUCAUACAAACGUUCUAACAAUGGAGUCAUUGCUAGAAUUAGAGGAAAAGAUUUAGACAAUCGGUGGGUUGUUCCAUACAAUCCGUAUCUUGUUUCCAAAUAUAAUUGUCAUAUUAACGUUGAGAUUUGUUGUACAGUUAAAGCUGUUAAAUAUCUAUACAAGUAUAUUUAUAAAGGACAUGAUCGUGUUGCUUUCAAUAUCAUUAGCAAAGAAAAUAACCAACAAAUUGACGAAAUCGAACAAUUUCAAUCGGGAAGAUGGAUUACUCCACCUGAAGCAAUGUGGAGAAUAUACGGUUUCACGCUUAACGAAAUGUAUCCAUCAGUUUAUAGUUUGCACCUACACCUAGAAGAUCAACAUUUGGUGUCUUUUCGUGCACACGAAGAUCUAAACAAUGUGUUAAACUCGUAUACGUCCAAAAAAUCGAUGUUGACAGAAUUCUUUUAUAGAAACCAAAUUGACGAGAAUGCACAAAAAUUGUUGUAUAGAGAAUUUCCUGAAAAAUUUGUUUGGGAUUCACAAUGUAGAAUUUGGACUCCGAGGAAAAAAAAAACUGUUAUAGGCCAAAUUGUUACAGCCAAUCCAUUUGAAGGUGAAAGAUAUUAUCUACGGAUGUUAUUGAAUCAUAUCAGAGGAGCAACGUCAUUUGAGAAAUUAAGAACAGUUAAUGGUGUUGUACUACCAACGUAUCGUGAAGCAGCUACUUCUCAUGUUGUUAGGAAGAUGGUUCUACAAGAUAUUGCUUCCACACUAGAAUCUAUGGGAAAAGAUAUAAAUAUGUAUCGUUUUGUUCCUGCCGAUAUAUUUUACGGUCAAGAUGAAUUUACAAAUAGAGAAAUUGACGACGAACGAGUAGUCACAAUUCCAACUGAAGAUUUACUUGCAUCACAAGUCCUAAAUUCUGAACAAAAAAAUGCGUAUGAUUUGAUAUUGCAUACAUUAGUAUCAAAUAAAGCUGGUGCUUUUUUCGUUGAUGGCCCUGCUGGUACCGGUAAAACUUUUCUAUACAGAGCACUUCUAGCAGAAAUUAGAUCGAAAAAUAUGAUAGUACUUGCAACUGCGUCAUUCGGUGUUGCUGCCUCCAUCUUACCUGGAGGACGAACAACACAUUCAAGAUUUAAGAUUCCAUUAAAUGCAGAUAAAAGCAGCACAUGUAAUGUGAGUAAAUAG